AUGCUUACUACUAAAAUAUUAACCUAUGAGCCUGUCGACGCGACCCCGACUCUUGGAGCCUUGGUGGUGGCUUUACUGUCAUAUUUGACUGGAACAGCUGUGAUGGUCAUGCUCGUGCUUCAUGGGCUCGUGGACUCCAUUGGUGGAUUGAUGUAUGUCCAGAAUCAGCAACACUUCCUGGAGUUCCAUCAAGAGAAGCAGCGCAGGAAUGAUGACGUGUGA